AUGACAUUAAAACCAGAAGUAAAUUUAAGAGAUUGCGUGGUUAUGACAACCAAACCAGAUAUGGAGACAAAAAAAAGAGCAGAGAAAGCCCUUGACGAAAUUAGUAGAAAUGAUGGGUUCUUAACAGGACUAUUGCACCUCUCAUCGAAAGAUGAAGAGCCAUCGGUUAGAUUACUGUCUGCACUGUAUUUCAGAAGAUACUUAGAAAAGUUCUGGCAAAUUGACGGAUUUGAUAAGGAGACAAUAAUUAAGGAAUUUCCGUUUAUUCUGCUCUCAGCUUCAAAAGAAGGAGAAAAGCAGCUCAUGGUGACUCUGCAGUAUAUUUUAAAGUCAGAAGAGGUGGAAAAGUGUGAGCCCCUUCUUAAGAAGGUAGAGGAGUUUAUAAAAAGUAGCGAAAAGUCUGUGGUGAUGAUUGGGCUAAAGAUGCUCAACAAAGUUAUAAUUUCGUUCAUUGAAGACUAUAAGGAGGAGAAGCACUUUGAAUGCAUUUUGGACAAUGUGGGAGUAGACAUUAUGAACAUCAUUGUUGCAGCAAUAAAAGAGGGAAAUGGAGAGCUGGCUGCGUUUGGUAUGAAGGUGCUUGGGCACUCGUGCGAGAGCUACAUCCUUCCAAAUGUGUUUAAAGACCACAUGUUCCUGCAGAAUGUUAUAACUGUCAUAGAGAUGUGCAUAAACACACUUUAUGAGAACGUCUCAACAGUCAAGUGGUCUUUUAGGCUGCUUAAUGGGCUUCUGAAAAAAACAAAAAAGAAGAAGACGGUUCCUGCGUUCGAGCUGUUCACACGGCCUGAUGUGCUCGCGCUGCUCUACAGAAAGACAAUCGACAUUCUUUCUCUGUACACACGAACAGGCGCGUCACCCACAGUUGAAGCAAUCUCCUUUGAGCUGAUCCGAAACAUUAUGAGCAAGAGUGUAGGCUGGGAUAUUAUUCGAAACGACACGCCAAUGAUCACGACUCGGUUCAUUCUUCCAGCAGUUUCCUUCACAGAAGAGCUGGAGGAGUCCUGGGAAAGCAGCCAGAUUGACUUCAUGCGAGAGUGCGAGGCACGAUACACUAAGAACGCCUCUACGACAGCAAGUGAUCUAUUUUUGGAUAUCGCAAAGAAGAGCAGCAACACACCAGAGGCACUUGCAUACCUUGUCAAUGCAAUCAUAGGGGAGAUAUCUGGGUACACAGUUAAUCCCACGCCAGAGCUUAUUAGGCUUCGAUUUGGAGGGCUAAGCCUCUUCAAAAUUGCAGGAAAGUACAUCCACUCAAACCAAGAUGUAUUUAAUAUUGUGAUGAACGACAUUAAGGCGCCCCACUCAAUUAUCCAGUACAUUUCGUUUUCCACUCUCCAGUAUCUGAGCUACUAUAGAGCAAUUCCUGCAUCUGUGCUGGACGCGUUUUCAGUUGCUGUUAGAUCCAAGGACAUCGGGGUGGUUGUGGAAAGCAUCCUCUGCCUGCCACAUCUGCUGACAGACCCAGUGAUAUGCGAGCGCCUUAAGGGAACGAUCCCAGGGUUCAUCAAGCUUCUUCUAGACCUCUCAAACAAGAUACAGAUCGAGGCUCUUGCAAUUGCUCUUGAGGACGUGAUUAUGCAGUGCCCAGAAGAAGCACGGGAUAUCGCACCAGCCAUCUCAGAGGCAAUCUGCACCUCUGUUAUCCAGCUGAUGAAGCAGAGUGUAGAGGAGAAGGAAGAAGAGCCAGAGGAGCGGUAUGAGGUGAUAGAUGGGUACAUCCGAACCAUUAUUACUCUAAUUGAAUCAUUAGAGAAGGCGCCAGAGAGUAUGCAGGCCAUGAUGGUGCCCAUUAAGAGAAUGGUGCUAAUAGUGGGAACAAACUACCCAGACUUCUUCCCAGACCUCUUCUCUCUCUUAGUAUCAUGCUCAUACUGUCUUAAGUCUGUAGACGGCAUGUAUGAAAUAUUUGAGCUGAUUCUGAAAAUGCCUAUGGACGACCUGGUCAUAUAUAUUAACGAGCUUUCCAGUGUGUUUGACAACUUUAUCACGUAUGGAAAGGAGAAUAUGGUUAAGUACAUUGAGCCAAUAUUCUCUAUUCUUAGCGAGAUGAUGCAGGAUGCCAUCACAGACUACGACUUCCCAUACCUGUGCAGAAUAAUUGAAAGCAUUCUUUUGAACAUGCCACAGGCUCUGGGUGACAAGCUCAGUGGAUUUAUUAAGGCCGCCAUUUCCCUAGUACUUUCGGACAAGGAAAUGAUCACCGCUGUUGGAUCUCUUAUUUCUGCAGUUGAGAUUGUUCUGUGCUCUGCAAUUCUCAUGCCAGGCGAGACGCUGGCGCAUCUUCAGAAAACAAACAGUCUUACAUUUAUUAUGAGCAGCUUAGAGUCAACCUACAAGAAGUUUGAAAGAGUGCACGACCUCAAGCUUCUACUGCUUUUCACAGGAGUUCUUUUCUCCCAGCCAGAAAACACGCUUCCCCCGCAGAUAUCUGUUGAGCAGCUCAUGAAAAUAUUCAUAUUUGUGAUUGAGGCUUUCCCAGGGGCGCUUUCUCGCAGGGAAGCUCUAAAGAACAGCGGAGAGGAUGAGGACUACAACCAAGAAGGAGACAGCGAGUAUGGAGACGCCCAGUGCUUUGAUGAAGAUCCUUCCUUUGAAACCCCGCUUGACGCCAUCAAUCCAUUUGACUAUGCAAAAAACAUAUGCAGCUUAGGACAGGGAACAGUCAUUGCAAGCGCUUGGAGAGCUCUGCCUGAAUCAGACAGACAAAAGAUCAUAACUCUGAUUCAACAGAAAUAA